GCAUCCGAACAGGACCAACGAAGCUACACAGGUAAGCUUAUAACUUAUUUCCCCCUUUUAUCCUUAAUUUAAAGGCCAACAAUAUCACUCUUCACGAAGCCACCACCUGUCUGCCGCAUGACUGAGAGUCUGAUAAAAAUAUUUUCAAGAUGAGCAGGAAAGAAAGUUGCAAUCGAACGGCAGAAAAUCCUGGAGAGGAGGACGAUAAGGAUGAAAAAGAGGAGCAGCGGGAAGAAAAAGAGGAGGAGGACUUCUAUGACUGCCAGGAGACUCUGAAGCCUCCUGACGCACAAAAAGAAGAGCCUGGAGACUGCAGUACCACACCUGAGAUACGAAAAGACAACGAUGAGGAUCAGGAAGGGGAAAGUGCAGGAAAUAGACAGCAGGACGAUUCAGAUUCAGAAUUCCAGGAGCAACAAGCAGAGUUUGACGAUGACUACCUGAGGGAGGCAGAGAAAGACCUGACUGAUGAGGAGAAGAAGAGUCGACAACAGCAAAGCCUAACUUUAAAGGAAGAAGGGAACAGACACUUUAAAGCCUCAGACUGGGUAAAGGCAGAGCAAACCUACUCCGAGGCCCUGGUUCUGUGUCCGGUUUGUUACAGCACGGAACGUUCGGUACUGUUCUCCAACAGGGCUGCUGCACGAUCGCAUCUGGGUUCUAAAGACCAGGCAAUCGCAGACUGCACCAAGGCCUUAGAACUGAAUCCAGACUACGUGAGAGCGUUACUAAGGAGGGCUGAACUGUAUGAACAGACCGAGAAGUUGGACGAGGCGCUAGAAGACUACAAGAAUGUUCUAGAACGGGAUCCAAGUCAGACCUGCGCCAGGAGUGCUUGUAUAAGGUUACCUCAGCAAAUUCAGGAAAGAAAUGAGAAACUAAAGGAGGAGAUGAUGGGUAAACUUAAGGACCUUGGAAACAUGUUCCUGAGGCCAUUUGGACUUUCGACACAAAAUUUCCAGGUGAACCAGGACCAGAACAGUGGAUCCUACUCCAUCAACUUCGUCCAGAAGCCCAACAACAACAACAACAGCAGUUGAUGUUAUUUAAAAAAAAAAAAAAAAAGCAUUCAGAAGAAAAUGAGGUGGUGACGACUUCCAGGACACAGUAUCCUGACAGUGUAAAAACGAUGUUUUUUGGAUGAGACAAUAUUGUCGCAUCGGAACCGGCUAUCUUUGUGUUGGAGAGACUGAGCACAUUGCAGAUCGCUCAGUAGCAUCUUUCUCCUUGUCACAGUAUCAUGUCGUGUUUUGUUUCCAAUUGUUUUGAAGGCUCCUCAAAAUAAAAUGUCCAACAUCGAUGGCCAGUGACUCAAUAAUGACACCAUCACAAUUAGUGGAGGGAGCCAGUCCCAGUCUUGAUGCUCAUAAGGCAUCCAAAGCUAGCUGUGUUGACAAUACAUCUGGCAAAAAAAAA